UGCUGUUCGCAAACGGGAGAAUUUUGGUUUAGGAGCACACAAGGCUAUAGGCGUGUGUGAAUAGGAAGGUGUCUGUGUGCCUAGCCAGUGUUUUAUUCAACAUGAAGGAUACAGGAUACUAGCCCCACUAUACAUAAAUAACAGACAGUAGAAGUGGUGAAUGGGCGAGUGAUGAUGCCAACUUUCCCAGUACCAAGCUCCUGUCCUCUCUAGGACGAUUACAACACAACUUCCUGUGGGAUACACUGGUUCUGUCAUCAUGGAUGAAAUAUCGGACAUUUCCAUCGAGAACUUCCAGUCGAAGAUUACGUUUGGCGUGGACCUAGUGGAAAGUGCUCUGAAGCAAAUAGCCUUCCUACAACAGGUUGACCGGAACCGCAGUCUCUAUGACGGUACGAUUUUGCGUCGUGCGGUUUGGCGUUAUGAAAAGCUGUGGCUCCCCCUAGCGGCGGAGCAUGUCGAAAAGACGCUGGUAGCUCCCCUUGACAUAGAGUGGGUGUGGCACUGUCACCUGCUUGCUCCGCUGAGUUACGAAGAGGACUGUAAAGCCGUGGUAGGGUUUACUGUAAACCAUAAAGUUUUGUCAGAAAAAGAGAGGGAAAAGGCCUUAGACAUUACCAAACAGUUAUGGACGUCCAAAUAUCCAAACGAAAAAUUUGACUUAGAAAUCCGCAAUAAAAAUGGCAGCUUACCUGAAUGUGAGGAUUUCGUGCUGGAUGAGGCAUCUAAACUUUCCUACAACGUAAGUGAGGCAGCCCUGCGUCAGCGUGUGUUCGCCUACCAGGUGUCCCUCCCUCAUUAUUGCGAUCGCGUUUUUCUUAAACAUGCUGUGAAACGCUACCAAAAGAUGCUUUAUCUGAAACUUCAAAACCCGCGAGUCUUUCUAGUUCCGUGUUACGACAUGGAUCUAAUUUGGCACUCCCAUCAGUUACACCCCAUCGUCUACAAGGAGGACACUACACGCGUUCUAGGCAAAAUGUUCAACCACGACGACUCCGUCAAUGAUCGUAAUAUGGAGUCAAAGUUGAACCAGGCCGAUAAAAGGACCAGAGAACUGUGGCGGGAGACUUUCCAUGAGAACUUUAGCGAAUUCGGCGCCAUGUACCGGGGCGACCCCCCGUCAGGCCUUCAACCAAUCACCUUAGACGAAAUGUUCUCAUUCUCAACAAAGAAGGCAAACAUUCACCUCGACCGGAUGCAGGUUGAGGGACUUCCUGAGGAACUUAAGAACUUUAAGAUAAAGAUUCACUUUGUGGCCAGUGAGAAGGAAGGUCCGUCCAUAACGUCAUUCAAGGGACCAGGAAGGGAAUGGGAAAGAAAGAAGAGCGGAAGUGCAUUUUGCUUUGACACGAAGUUGUACAACUGCAUCAAAUUCAAACUUGUUCAAAUGUUGCGGCCGAUGUGUUUCAGUAGUUCGGAGCAGCUGGCACAAAACGUGUUCCACAUGCUUCCGGUGGUGGAGAACCUGAACCGUGGGGACACAAAGAUCAACGAGACGGUCAUGCUGGACGAGGAACGCAACCUCAAGGUCUCGUUUACGGCAGAUGUACAGGUCCAGAGCAAGCCAGGGCCUUGCAUUCUCUUCCUCAAAAACGGUAACUACGAGCCUCGCUUCUGUAUCAUUCCCGAACACAUCCAACAGAUGUGGGGUCCCAUCCCGCUCCCUCGGCUCCCCUCUGGGAAGGACAACCAUUGUCUUGUCGCCUCUCACAAGUUUGUCAAUCACACGGGCGAAAAGACGUUCACCUGUCGGGUCAUCCACAGUCUUCCCCUAUUGAUGUCGGCCAUACAGGUGUUCUACCAGGACAAGAUGGCGGCUGUUGGUCAUCUCAUAGGAUCUGACCAAUUACCAACCCCGAGUCAGUUGGGCGAUUCUAAGGUGUGUCCUUCUGUGAACCCAAAAGCCGGACAAAGGGCGAUCCUGAUAAAGAACAAUGACGGAGAUUGGGGAGUUCUGAUUGGUCAAUGGACAGGGUACCGGCGAGGAAUUCCGGGAAUCACAGGGCGGAAAAACAAAAAGGGUCAGAAAGGAGUACAAGGUAGCUGCGGAACGCUGAGUAUACGUUUCUUCCGCAGUCACACUGCACAGUGGCAACAAAUGGCGUUGCCUUACCUUGACAAUGUGUUCAAGUUUCGCCUUCACGAGGCCGAUGUCGACUUACGACAUGGUGUAGUCCAGAUAAAGUCGGACAGUAACGAGAUAGCCGAGAACAUAGCUCUUGCGUUCAGCGUUGCUCUGUUACACGUUCUUUGUCAACCUCGAGUGCUAACUACAGUUACUGCAAACGGCACUAGUCCUGGUACACCAAUGCGUGGACCCAGGCCAAUCAAUCGCGUGCCGGCCGAUGACCUUGGCCUUGUUGUUGCCGCUGGUUUCUCGGUGGAUACUCCUACAAAUACUUAUAUUCGACGUUUGCACCGAACGAAUGCAUGUGCAGGCUGUUCGACGAGAGAGGCGGACUACGGUGGCCUCGGUCACAUGUACGCAGACCUGGAAGCGGUAGAACUGGCAAUGGACGAGAUCGGGGUGGAGGCCGACAUUAACCAGAUACAGUCGGAUACAGCCGCUACCGCUGCAGACGCCGAUAUCGCAGCAAACUCGGGAGCCGACGGCGGUGAAGCGGGUGUCGACGGAGGAGAGGCGGGAGGCUGUGGUGGCUGUGGGGGUUGUGGCGGAUGUGGUGGCUGUGGAGGGUGUGGUGGAGGGUGUGGAAGUUGUGGAGGAUGUGGUGGGUGCGGAGGAUGAGAUACUACGUCACAACAAAGAAAGGUGACGUCAGCUUGUAUCACAUAUCCACUCUGGAGAAGACACUCCGGGGAGAAGGACCAGACUACGCUAAACUGUGUAUCUAGUAAAAUAUUGGUCAUCGAGUGUCCAGCACAGAUAUUGUCUGCAACACACAUACUAUUAGCACUUGAAAUAGCCAGUGGGCAGUGGGACUGGGCCGAACACAUAUACGGUAGACUCUAUGCAUUUCACUGCUGUUCUCACGUACCAAUACCGCAUAAAACGCCGAGAGUUGUGUAGUUAUAUUAGUGACAGUGGACCAAUGGGUGAUCUGUAUUCUAUGACGUUUCUUGGUGUGACGUAGUCACCCGAUCACGUGAUAUGUAUACUGUGGUCGAGUCCUUCCAUAGGCUGCUUGUCUGUUUGUAAAUAAAGUGAAUGUGAAUGUAGUGAGUAAGUAUCAAAUAUCUAAUUGUAAAUUCAAAAUAUUCUAAUCUUAAGUGCUAUGUUACAUCCCAUUUCCAUGUUUUGUCAUUUAAUGUUGCCUUUAAAUUAGUAUCAUGGUGAGUCAUGCCGGAUUCUAGUUCGUGAGUUUUAGUACUAUCGUGCCGGAUUCUAGUUCCGUGAGAUUUAGUAUCAUGCCGAAUUCUAGUGUUACGUUUAGUUAAGUGAGGUAAAGGUAUAUUACUUGACACUUGUAUAAAUUAUUCAAAUUUAACUAACUGCCUUCACAUCAGUAACACGCGUUUGUAUGUUUACACGUAUUUGUACAUUAACGUGUUUUAUGUUUACAUGUAUAUGUGUGUUCACAAGUGUAUGAAUAAACGUUCACACACGUGCUUGUUUACACGUGUUUGUACGUUAACACGUGUUUGUAUGUUGUUACAUGUUUGUCGUUUACGCGUGUUUUUAUGUUUACACGUGUUUUUACAUUGACACGUGGUCGUAUGUUUAUACAUGUUGUAUGUUCACACGUGUUUGUAUGUUUACACGUGUUUUCACAUUGACACGAGGUUGUAUGUCUAUACAUGUUGUACGUUUACACGUGUUUGUAUGUUUACAAGUGUUUUUACAUUGACACGUGGUUGUAUGUCUAUACAUGUGUAUAUGUUUACACAUAUUAGUACGUGUUUUUAUGUUCACACGUGAUUGUAUUUUCACAUGUAUUUGCAUGUUCUCCACGUCAUGUUUGUGUUUGAACUUGUGUAAUUGUACACGAGUUUGUUCAAUAAUGUGUUUGUUUGUUCACAGGGGUUUUGUUUUUGUUUACACGUGUAUGUAUAUUUUCACCUGUUUGUGUGUUUACAUGUUUUUACGUGUUUACACGUGUCAGUAUGUUUAUACGUGUUUGUACAAUAUGUAUGUUAACAUGUGUUUCAAAAGUUACACGUAUUUGUUUGUUUGCGUUUGUCUAUGUGUUUAUACAUGUAGGUGUUUGCAUGUUUACACGUAUAUGUUUAUUUACACCUGUUUGUUCACACUUAUUUUUUGUUAACACCUGUUUGUGUUAACACAUGUCUCACUGUAUCUGUGUGUACACGUAUUCCACUAUGUCUGUGUUAACACGCGUCUCACUGUGU